AAACCUCAGUUACGUCCUACCAUAUAGCGGGGCUAUAAACUUGGGCCAUUUAACUGCAAGUACUUAGGUACAUAGUUCGCACUCUAGGUAUAACUCCUAAUAAUUCAAGUCUCAUUUUAACUCUUAUGUAACUUCCGACAUCCUAUAUCAAAAAUCUCAGGCUCAUGGGUAACAUCAUCCGUAAAUGAAUGCUCGUCAGCAAUCGCUGUAAAGCCAACCCUCGGCGCACGAUGAUAGUACACAGAGACGUUCAUGAUUUCCAUUCAUCGUGCCCACGUAAAAGAUGACGAUGAAGACCCUUAAGCAGAGCGUGAAGCGCAGACGUGCUUCUACAAACCCCAUCGAGCGAGCAAAUCUGAAAGAUGAUGAUACUUUCAUUAGAGAACACUUCUGUCCUAGUACUCCAGCAUGGACCGAGUGGAUCAACCCAAAGACAGAAGCGAAGUACUCUCUUAACCUCGUCCAGUCCGGUAAUCUGAGUACCGACGAUCUUGAAGCCUGCUUUAGACUAGUCGAAGAAACUAGUCGUCCUGACUACGAGUCCUCGUCGGUCGGGUGGAAGCCGGGCAAAAAGCUCACCGAGAUGAAGUCUCCCGAGUUGAGAUACAUCACCGUGAAGGACAAUGCAGGAAGCAUACGCGGCUUCACCUCUUUAAUGCCGACUUAUGAAGAAGGAGAGCCCGUCGUAUACUGCUAUGAAAUUCAUCUUAAACCUGAGCUACAAGGGACCGGUCUAGCCAAGACGCUCAUAGGAUUCCUCGAGAAGGUCGCCGCGAACACGCCUCCUAUAAAGAAGGUAAUGCUUACCUGUUACCUAUCCAAUCAGCGGGCCCUUGCAUUUUAUAAGAAAGCCGGUUUCGAGAAAGAUGAGAUAUCACCAGAACCGAGAAGGCUACGAUUUGGCAAGGAAUUCAUCCCCGACUAUGUUAUCAUGAGCAAAGUUGUCAGCCGCAGUGACUAGAACGAGUUUUGAAUUUGAACGCAACUAAACAAACCAUUGCAUGUGAUAUGCGAGGUUGGAUCAUAUUACGGUAUGAUACGAAUACGACAUCCACUACCAUUGCCUCGAAGAAACGAUAUCCGUUACUCAACAUUCCAAGCGCUACAUACAUAGGUAGUAUAUUAAAACUGCUACAUACACCUGACUAUAGAUGUAUAAUGACAUCUCCCCACAGGGCUCUUUUCAGGUUUACAUCAUAGUGAUUUAUCGCGAGCCGCAUUAAGGUGAGGAGGCUUGGAAGGACCAAUGACAGUGCCAAGUUUUCCGGAGCUUCUCCUUCGCUGUAGACGCUAACGAGCAAGGAAAAAAAGUAAAUGCAGCUACGCCUUCCAAGAAAUACAGAUGUUACCU